CGGGUGGCGCGUAAUUCGCGUGUUCUGCUGGUGGCCUAGCUUGAUGGCGGGUGCGGGCCUCGGGUUGAGAGUUGAAGGCGGACGAUCUUUCCUGCAGAAUUCUCAGCCACGCGCCGGCUGGCUCGGAUAAUUUAUAAUUUUGAUCUCACACUUCAAAAAGUGAACGAACGAACUGAAAACGAACACGAAUAAUCAGAGGAAAGGGCCUCCCCCUGCGACUUGGCGAAUUCGAAUCCGAAGCCCGCAACAGUAAUGUCGAACGCAGUGACCACCUCGAGCUCGGCCACCUCAAUUUCGACGGCCAUCACGACUCCGACGCAAAACCGCAAGGCCCUCGCCCUCGACCUGAAACGGAGCAACAAGGUCGACUUUGCCAGGGAGCGCAGUUUUGUGCAGUUCUCGCGCCGCUCCAACAGCAGACACAACGGGGCCACUGUCCAACAGCAACACCAGGCGGCCGUGGCCGCAGCAGCCAGCAGGGCGGCCAACAAGCCAUCUCUGGAAAUCUACAGACCACCCAAUUUUUCUUACUCAGGCACAAGAGCGAACAUCCGUCACUUCGGAUUGGAGCAAGGCGCAAAUUGUGAUCAGCCAUCCAGUCGGCUGAAUGUGCACGCAAAGGAGUUUACCAUCAACUCCAGGAACAACCAGCUGAAGGUAGCAAACAACAAGAACAGGGGCCAGCAGCCAAAUGCUGGCGACAUCCAGCAGUCCAUGUCUUUAGGAAACAUGCUCUCCACCUCUUCAUCUCGGGUGCACUUCCACGAGGAAGCAAGACAAAUGCCUCUGAAGGGCAUUAUGAAAAAGCCCACUGUGACCCCGGGCGGGCUGCAGCGGUCUAAGAGCAUGGGCGCUGCAGACAGCAUAAAAAAUAGAGAGCCAGGAAUUUCACCCCAGGCCCCGGAACUGGGAAUUUUCCCUGGGGAGGCCCUUGUCCUUAUAGAGAGGGCGGUCACAGACCCAAAUCAGUUGUCCUCUCGCAGUUUGAUGUCUCUAGUCCGCCAGGUUUUGCAGAGAGUGAUAGAAAGCGCUAGAUACGCGGCGCCUGCUGCAAAGUUCUGCAUAUCAGUAAUUGAGAAAGAAAAGCAGGAGACCUUUUUGGAAACGCUGCUUAACACUUGCACGCAGUGGUACCACGAGCGCGAUCGCCACCUUCGACUUUCUGCUUCGACGGCCGUCCUUCUUCAGGGAGCUCCUGCGCCGAGCUGCCCUCGUUGGGUCGCUUACAUGACUUUCCUCAACGAAAUGUACUGCCAGUUAAAAAGACGGCAGUUACAAUUGCGAACAAAACCACAAGGCAUUUCUCCGGAAAUGCACCUUCUGGGGCUCCUGUACGACUCAUGUUUUGUCUGCUUGAAACCUCCAGCCAUAAACUCAUUGGGAGAGACUGAGUGCCUCUUUUACGUUUUGACCUCGAUCGGACGUGACCUCGACUCCGAAAUGAAGCAGCGAAUGCCAAAGUUGAUGUCUGCUCUUCGCGACGCCUUUGUGGACACUUCUAUUCCUGGGGUGCGCAAAACUCUGAUGCAGUUGAUUGAAAUGAGGGCAUCCAGGUGGCAAAUGCCUGCCUCGGCAGUCCUUUACUAUUAUCCAGGCACAAGUGCAAUUAAAUAGGCACGAAUCAAUGUCGUUGAAAGUUAAAUUAUUCUUGUUGAAGAAAAUAAAUUUGAAGUCUGUGGUCAUAUAAAUAAGGAUGGAAAUUUGUUUGUAAAGGCUGUUUCAAAACGAUUUUGAUUGCGGUGGAAAUUUUAUAUAAAUACUCUUUGACUUUAAUUUUUUCCGGAAUUUUAAGAACAAUUCGAUUUAUCCAAAAAUUCAUCACGUAAAAGCUUAUUUCAGAUUCCACCGAGUGAGAUUGUAUAUAUGCUUACUACCUUGCUAUAGCCCUUUUCAAGUUGAAAGCAUUAUAUUUGUACACUUUUCAAUUUGGUGCUACAAGUGCAUGACCCUUUUUGUGCCAAAGUCUGUUGUCGCAUGUUUAUUCAAUAAGUGCAUAAUUAUUUAUUUAUUACACAUUUUUGUUAGAAGAAAAUAAUUAUUUUAGCAGAGAGCUCUAGAUGGAUGCCAAUAUUGCAAGUAAAUAAAGAAAAGUGGAUGCAAUA